GUUUUAAAUAAUCAAAUCAUAAAAAAAUCUAAUUUUCAAGUUUUUAAGUUAACUGAUUAAUAUUAAGUUAAAACCUUAUGAGAAUUAUAGAAAUAAGGAAGCGCCAAUAAUGGGAAGUUAUUUAGAUAAACCGGAAACGACCAAAAAGUCAGCAUUUGAUCAAAAUGAUUAUUUAGAAAUUGGCUCUUCAUCAAUGCAGGGAUGGCGUAUAAAUCAAGAGGACGCUCAUAAUGCUAUUCCACAAUUGGCUGAUAAUGCAUCAUUUUUUGCUGUCUAUGAUGGUCACGGUGGAUCGGAAGUGGCUGAAUAUUGUUCAAUGAAAUUACCAGACUUUUUAAAGCAAUUGGAAUCAUUUAAAAAUGGAAAUUAUGAAGAAGCUUUAAAGGAGGCAUUUAUGGGCUUUGAUCAUACAUUAUUAGGUGAUUCAGUCGUUGAGGAAUUGAGACAAUUGGCUAAAAAGAAUCCAGAUUAUGAGGAUUCUGAUAUGGAUGAUAUGGAGGAUGAAGAAACAGCAGAAGAAAUUAUUAAUUUACAUCAAGAAGCAUCGAUGCCGCUCAACGAAGUACUUGAAAAAUAUAAGGGAAAUACAGAAAAAAUCUCACGAAUUCAGAGUGUACAACAAAUUAUAAGUUUUCAAAGCAAAUCAUCAUCCCAUAAUAAGAAUGAUUCUGAAGCUGGACCUUCUGCAAGCGGCAGUUGCUCACAUUCAUCAAAAAAAGUUGAAAGUAGCAGCUCAGUACAACAAGCGGCAUCGGAUAAUGAAGUGAGCAGUUCAAGCGGAAAGACAACAAACUCAGAUGAGAGUGAAAAGAACGAACCAAGUUCCUCAAAUUCUCAGCCUAGCAAUCAAACGCCAGAUAGCACACUUGUUAUCAUUCCAUCGUCAUCGAAAAAUGAUGAAAGUAGUAGCAGCAAUGAGCCAAAAAGUAUGAAACCUGAACAAAGUUCCAAAAAAGAUUCAAUUAAUCAAGAGAGUGAAUGCUCUUCAAACGGAACUGUUUCAGAAAGCAAAAAGGAAGAGGAUGCAAUCACUUCGACAAAGGAAAAUGGAGAAAUUGGAAGCUGUUCGUCCUCAACGUCUGUAAAUGUCAGUUCAAAUUCACCAAAAAAGAGCACUGAAAAAACAGUUACAAAAUCCAGCGAAAUUAAACAAAAUAUCGACGAUGAUGAAAGUGAAAGUAGCGAUGAUGAACACGACGAAACAUAUAAAGAAUCUCCAAAAAAUAAAAUCCAACAAGAUGAUUCAGACGAAGAAGACGAGGACGAUGAGGAUGUAUAUGAUGAAGACGAUGACGAGGAACUGUCUAAUGAAGAAAUCUCUGGCGAAGAAGAUGAUGACGAGGACGGAUUGGAUGAUGCGUUUAUGAGUAGCAUGGAAACUGGUCCUGCAAAAGCUUCAGGUUGUACAGCUGUUGUUGCUUUAUUAAUUGGGCGCGAUCUGUACGUAGCAAAUGCUGGUGACUCGAGAUGUAUAGUAAGUCGAGCAGGAAAAGUAGUUGAAAUGUCAUUUGAUCACAAACCUGAAGAUCAAAUUGAAUUCCAAAGAAUUCGUAAAGCUGGUGGUCGCGUUACAAUGGAUGGACGAGUGAAUGGUGGGUUGAAUUUGUCACGAGCCAUUGGUGAUCAUGGAUAUAAAAUGAAUAAGGAAUUGCCAGCUGAAGAUCAAAUGAUUACAGCAAUGCCUGAUCUCAAAAAAGUUACAUUAACAGAAGAAGAUGAAUUUAUGGUAUUGGCUUGUGACGGAAUCUGGAAUUAUAUGUCAAACGAGGAAGUUGUUGGUUUCGUUAAGCACAGAAUUGAUGCAGGAAAAUUAUCUCUCACACAAAUAUGCGAAGAACUUUUCCACAAUUGUUUGGCGCCAAAUACAUUGGGAGAUGGAACUGGAUGUGACAACAUGACAGCUAUAAUAGUCAAAUUUAAACCAACGUUAUUUAAAUUACCAACCGCUCAGAAAGAUGUCAGCAAUUCCGAAGCUGAAUGUAUUGCACAUAAACGAGCGCAUGAAGAAGAUGGAGUUGCUGACAAGGAGCACACUGAUAAGAAACAAAAACUCGACGAUGAUUUAACUCCAUCAACAGUUGAUACUUCAUCUUAAAUAAGUUUUCAUCUACUUAGA